UAUGUGAUAAGCAGAAACUGAGGUGUCAUACAUUUUACAGCAUAGGCGACAUGUUUUGUAUGGUUGCGAUGUUCCCGUGGAACAAGUCAAAUUGUUAGAAAUGCCAUUAUUCGUAUGAAGUUCUGGGCGUGUCGUCGAACCGCUUAACAGAAACAUGGCUCUCUCAUAACGCAGCUGACGGUGUUGACAUGUUGCCUUUAUAACGAUGGUAGUGUGGCGUUACGAUAUCUGUGGCUUGCUUUGCGUUUGUUCCACUUAUGGAUCGAUUAUUUAUGCCGAUUAUGCUAUCGUCGAGUGGAUGGUCAUUCCGACGAUGUACUCAAGUCUCUGGGGAGCAUUCAAUGUGGUCUGCUUCAACAUCAUCGUGUUCUUGACACUGAUGGCACAUACCAGAGCGGUGUUCUCGGACCCGGGAACUGUCCCUCUACCUCAGACGAACUUAGAUUUUUCGGAUGCGUUGAGGGCUAACAAGCCUAUGGAUGACAAGGGUGACUGGACGAUAUGCUCUCGCUGUGAAACAUACCGGCCGCCACGUGCGCAUCACUGCAGAAUAUGUCAGCGAUGCAUCCGCAGGAUGGACCACCAUUGUCCCUGGAUCAACAACUGUGUUGGAGAACAGAACCAGAAGUAUUUUAUUCAAUUUCUCCUCUAUGUUGGUUUGGGGUGCCUGUAUAUAAUUGUGUUAGUGGCUGUGUCAUGGAACCUGGAAUGUGCAAACUGUGUUCAUAGCCCAGCUUACAAGCAAAACCGAGUAAUCCAUUCCGUCUGCCUCCUGGUGGAAAGCAUUCUUUUUGGAAUAUUUGUCAUUGCGAUCAUGUGUGAUCAGUUCCAGGCAAUUUUGUCUGAUGAAACGGCUGUUGAGCAAAUACAGAAGAAAGGACCCUUCCGUGCGAGGAAGCCGAAAAUGGCACUCUUGAGUGAAGUUUGUGGCCGUGGGUCUCCCUUCCUGUGGCUGUUUCCUUGCGAUUCUGCACCCAGGAAUCUCGACGUCAUCUCCUAUGAUGUGUGAUGCAUUCUCCUCUCUGUGGAGUAUCCGGUGACGUGCUGUUAUUUAUGUGCAUAAACUGUGACAUGAUUUCUAAUCAUCCACUCUUCCACGUUCCUGACAGUUUCUUUUGUUGGACUGUGUUGAUCACGUUUAAUUAUGAACGGCGAUGUAUGCGCUUACACUCAGUGCGCUCUAGUAAACAUUGACAGCUUUUAAAUUUAUAACAAAUACUUUUAGGAAUUAGAUUUUUUGAAUGUCUGUCUCACUGUUACAUUACUAUUUGAAAUGUGCAAACACACAGCUUUUUCGCAUACAUCGCAUAUUGUUGCUUUGAGGAGCAACGAGGCUCUGGCAAACCUGUGAAAUUUUGACUGAUUGCUGUGUGUAUGAUGAUUAAAUAAGGGUCUCUUCGUG